CCAACUCCAAGUCGUGAACCCCCGAGUCUCGCAGUCGUCGCUCCAACUCGCGUGCAGUCGAAAUGAGUGUCUGUUUCUUCACUUUCGCUUUCUUUUUCCUCAAAGCAGUCAAGUUCCUCGUCGGCCUCGUCGUCUGAGCCAACUUCGCGGCUCCGCAACUUCGGCUUUUUAAACUUCAUUUCUCCGAACUUGAACUGCGUGCUUAUACCCGUCCUGUAGCGCACAUCGUCGUGAAAGUCUCGAAUAGUUUAAGUUUCGACCGAUUCCUGUCGCCUUAGUUCACAACCGGUUACGCGUGGUUCCCAAUCUAGAUUCAUAGUUUUGAAAACCGCCUUUUUCGCUUUUUCGGCGGGACUAAGGCGUGGUUUGUACCGGUGAUUUUUAAAUACUUCGAGAUGUUUGGGGUUUUUUGGACAUGCACUGAGAGGAACGAUUACCUAUCAAAAUCUUGUGAAUAAUACGCAUAAUUAUUGAAAAACGCCGAUUGCGAAUUUUCCCCCAAGAUUUUCACUUUGUUAUUGAACUUUGCGUCAGCUGUAAUUUCCGAUGGGAUUUUAGUACAUUUCAGUCAAAAUGAACGAAAAGUUCUUUAUUUUAAAAGUGCAGAAUGGCACUUGAGCCAAAGUGAAGCAUAACGUGAGUAACAAGCGGCUCAAGCGUCCUACCAAUUUUGUGGUGACUCGUACCAUCCAAAAGUGGUACCCUUUGCAUGUCGGUUUAACAGUGAUUUAAGACAACUACGAGGCGAUCUACCGCUUAAUUUCUGGAUUAAUAGAGGUCAUUACAUCAGUCAACCGGAUACUAAUCAAAGAAACCAACAUGGCAGCAGAGAACGUGAAGGUGAUCGUGAGAUGCCGACCAAUGAACAAUCGCGAAAUCUCUCUCAAAUGCAAGAAAGUGGUAGAGAUGGACAGCGAGCGGUGCUGUUGCAGCAUCACGAAUCCAAACGACGCAUCUGCUCCGGCCAAAAUCUUCACUUUUGACGGCGUCUAUGAUUCGCCUGCCACCACAGAGCAGAUCUACAAUGAAGCUGCCUAUCCUCUUGUUGAGGGGGUGUUGGAGGGUUACAACAGCACGGUGUUCGCGUACGGACAGACGGGUUGUGGGAAGAGCUUCUCGAUGCAGGGGGUGGAGGAGCCACCCUCGCAGCGCGGGAUCAUCCCCCGGGCCUUCGAGCACAUCUUCGAAGCCAUCUCUCUCGUCGAGGAUAUCAAGUAUCUCGUCCUCGUCUCGUAUCUUGAGAUCUACAACGAGGAGAUCAGAGACCUCCUCAGCGAGGACAAGAAGAAAAAGCUCGAACUUAAAGAAAACCCGGAGAGAGGCGUCUAUGUCUGCGAUUUGUCGCAUCACGCCGUGCACGACGUGAGCGAGUGUCGGCGGUUGAUGGCGACGGGGCAGCAGAACCGGUCGACGGGGUCGACGCUCAUGAACUCGGACUCGUCCCGAAGUCACUCCAUCUUCACCGUGGCCGUGGAGAUGAUGCCCAUCCGACAGUGUCUCCAAACGAUGAGCAUGAGCCACUGCUCCAUCCGCCGCGGAAAACUCAGCCUCGUAGACCUCGCCGGUAGUGAGAGGCAAGCCAAAACAGGAGCAACUGGAGAUCGACUGAAAGAGGCAACGAAGAUCAAUCUCUCGUUAUCAGCCUUGGGAAACGUAAUUUCAGCUUUGGUCGACGGCAAGGCGAAGCACAUCCCUUACAGAGACUCCAAGUUGACACGACUUUUGCAGGAUUCGCUGGGCGGUAACACGAAAACACUAAUGCUGGCAUGUUUGGCACCAUCCGAUUAUAACUACGAUGAGACCCUCUCGACAUUAAGAUAUGCCAACCGAGCGAAGAACAUUCACAACAAGCCGCACAUCAACGAGGACCCUAAGGACACCAUGCUCAGAGAAUACCAACAGGAGAUACAAAAACUCAGGGCCCUUCUUGAGAACAACGCUCAAGUCUACAAUUCAAUGAAUGGCUCGGAUGCGUUGUCGCAGGAGAGACUGGAGAAGGAGGAGCAGGAGAGGGAGAGAGAGAGGGAGAGGGUUCGCGUCGAGUACGAGACAGAGAUGGAGCGACUCCGUCAACAGUACGAAGCUGAGCUCAAAUCCAAGUGCCAAAUGCAAUCCGACCUCCUCCGACUCAGGGAGCAGUACGACCACCAGCUCAACAAUCUCAACAACCUCAACCAUCAGACUCAAUUAAAUGGAAACACGGACGAUCUAAUAAUGAACAAAGCCCUCAAAAGCAAACCGGAUUUUAACGCCGCUCAACAAGAAAUUUUAAAAAGGCUGGAGAAGUUGCAGGCGAGCAUGGUGGGCGGGGAGCGGGUGCACGACGAAGCGUUGCGGGAGCGUCGGCUCCGGAAGAAACGGGCGGCCGAGCGGCGGCUCACGGCCCUCGCCCAGGUCCUGUCCCGGGUCCCACCCGACGAGGACGAACAGGGGCCCAACCUCGUCCUCGGGGUCUAUGACGACAUCCAACACCAGCUCCAGGCCAAGACUGAGAUCCUCCGUAAAACCAAACACAAGCUGAAAGCUCUAGAGCGAGAAAUAACAGACAUCCAGAGUGAAUUUGAGAAUGAGAGGACCGACUACUUGGAGACUAUACGAAAACAGGAACGCCAAAUUAAGCUACUGUCCCAAAUCUUAGAAAAAGUUGUGCCAACCUUGCGAAAAGAAUGUAAUUACUCCAAUUUGGACAAAAUCAAGCUUCAAGCUGUUUGGAACGAAGAUUAUCAAGAUUGGCGUCUUCCAGAUCUAGUUUAUGAGAGGACCAAAUUCCCACCAGCAGUGACAGGUUUUCAGUCUCGAUCUCUGGAUGGGAUGACAAAUCAACACAAAUGGAGUGCCAACGGUGGGGACAGUGAUAAAUCCAGUCGCAACAGUCAGCUCUCAUCUCCAGAUCGCAACAGCUCGCCAGAGCGUCAUACGAAUGAAAAAGAAGACGAGGAUUUUGUCGGCAAUUAUUUCAAACCGAAACGAGCCGCUGAGUUACUGAGUAGAGCUCACGAAGACUCAACAAAAGCAUUCAUCCACCUGAAUAAGCAAAACCGAAUGAAUGCAUUGAUCAGCAACAGCUUGAAUUUGGGAUCAAACGGAUUCAAAAACAUGUCACUGGCUUUGAAUAAUACGAAUCGGGCGCAUUCUUGGAGCGGCGGAUACGUGUCGCCAUGGACGACCUACGCCAACGGACCCAACUCCCCGGAGCUUCACAUCAAGCGGCCGAUCCGUCUCCAGGCUUUACUCCCUCUUCCUGUCAUGGAUAAACAAGAGCAAAAGAUAUCCAAACCUAGCCUAAACAUGCUUGAUGUCAUUUAAAUCAUCUCGAAAUCAGCUAACCUACCUGCUCGGCGAAUUUCCGCGACCUUGUAUGAUAGACACUGCCGUGCUAAGGAAAAACGCCGUGUCAACAUUCGAAAGUUGCUUCAUUUCCUCUGAUAAACAUGUUGAUUUUUGAGGAGUGUUACGAAUAUUUUCUUUUGAAGUUUUCUGGCAAUAUAGAUUCAUAUUACGUAUAAAAUUCUCUGAAAAAUUCAAAGAAAAAUUUUCACAAAUUCCCCUAAAACUUCAUGCUCAAGUAGGUGUCCAAUCGUGAAAAUUUACCUACUUAAACUGUGAUUAGUUCAGUGAGUGGCGUUUCCCGAUGGAAAUUUAAUAUCAAAGUAAGCUGAGUUAACACAAAUGGGGUAUGGAGGUAAAGCAUACAAUUUUGCCUUCAAUUUUGCCUUCAAUUUUUAAGAUAGGCCAGAAAACCAUCUUCCGGACUGGAAUAGUUAGAAUUCAGGAGUUGUAUUUUCUUUGAUCAGAAAUGUUGUCUUCUCGGUAACAAUGGACCACUAGACAAGGUUCGAAUUUAAGCCUUCUGAUACAUGUUUCUCUACCAAAAUUUUACGUAAGACAC